AUGGCGGACUCAGACUUUCCAUUCUACAGACCCGGAAGGUCCUUUUAUGACGAUAAUAUGAGCAGAGCAUCUUCAGAUGUGCAACGGAAAAGAAAGGUCGACGAUGAGAAAUUUGCUUUAGGUCGAAGGGGAAUCCUAGUCUUCUUUACUUUGUCUGUUCUCACAUUGAUGGCCGCUUUGGAUGGGACUUCCCUAUCUGUUGCUUUACCUGAAAUUGCGAAAGAACUCAAUGGAACAGCCAUUGAAGCAUUCUGGAGUGGGACCUCAUUUCUGCUAUGCUCGACAGUAUUCCAACCAAGUUUCGCCUCCUUCUCAAAUAUCUUCGGUCGUCGACCUAUGAUCAUGAUCUCCCUCUUAUUUUUCUGUGUCGGCGCUGUAAUUUCAGCAAUCGCCAAUAAUUUUCCCUACAUGUUGGUCGGCAGAUCAAUUCAAGGUGUUGGCGGAGGUGGCAUUAUCUCCCUAAGCGAAGUCAUUAUAACUGAUCUUGUCCCUCUACGAUGGCGUGGUCAGUACUUCGGUAUUCUCAGUGCAAUGUGGAGUGUUGGAUCCGUGACGGGUCCUAUUCUUGGUGGUGGAUUUUCCGAAAAUGUGUCUUGGAGAUGGAUCUUCUAUAUCAACUUCCCAUUUAUCGGGGUUGGUGGAAUUCUCGUGGUCCUAUUCUUGAACCUCAAGCUUGCUCCCAGUUCAUUAGUCGAGAAGCUCCGUCGGAUCGAUUAUUUCGGCACCGUGCUAUUCGUUAGCAGCAUGUCGUCCUUCUUGAUCCCACUCAGCUGGGGUGGUAUCUCAUACGACUGGGACUCGUGGCAAACGCUUGCACCUCUCUGUGUAGGAGGAGUCGGCCUGAUCGUUUUUGGAUUCUACGAGUAUUACUUCGCAUCCGAUCCGAUUGUCCCACCUGUGAUAUUCCAGAACCGCACCGCAACAGCUUCUUUCAUUGGGAGUGUUUUGCAAGGGUUGAUCUUAUGGUGUGCCCUAUAUUAUCUCCCUCUGUAUUAUGAGGCAGUGAAGGAGUAUAGUCCCAUUAUCUCAGGCGUUGCCCUAUUCCCCGAGACAUUUACUGUGGCUCCGAGCGGGAUGGUAGCUGGCAUCCUAAUCACGAUUACAGGCCGUUACAGGUGGGCGAUCUGGAUCGGAUGGGCUUUUUCGACUGUUGGACUCGGUUUGAUGUGUCUGAUUAAGGUGGAUACUAGUAUGCUUGGUUGGAUCUUCCUCAACAUCGUGCCCGGCCUGGGAUUGGGUAUCCUGUUUCCAUCUCUUGGUUAUGCAGUGCAGGCCGCGACUGACCCUGCGAACCUCGCUAUUGCGGUUGCCAUGUUUAGUUUUUUCCGUGCUCUCGGCCAAGCUAUCGGCGUUGCUGUCGGUGGUGUGGUCUUCCAGAACCGCAUGUUCACCAAUAUCUCGAGAUAUCCUGCUUUGGCUCCUAUGGCUGAGGCUUAUAGCAAGGAGGCUGCGGGCUUGGUCCAAGUUAUCAAGGCGAUGGCGGAUGGCGCUGAUAAGGCAAACCUCAAGGAAGCGUAUACGGACAGUUUACGCACGGUGUGGAUAGUCUGCUGUGGUGUGUCGGGUGUGGCGAUGUUGAUCAGCCUCUUCACUGAACAAUAUGACCUUGAUCGUGCAUUGGAAACGAACCAAGGUCUGCGUGAUGAGUAUGAUGAUGAUGAGUCUAUUGACAGUUUGAAGGACUUGAAGAUGCGGACAGACCGGAGAGCAGUUACAGAGCCUCGACCUUGGGCUUGGUAG